UUGAAGUUCUGAUCAUAACAGACUGAUAGAAAAUGAGAUGAAAUCCUUGUGCAUCUGCCAUCUAGUGAAGGCGUUUCACAUUCUACAUUUCUUUGGUGAGUCCUUAAUUAACAGACCCUCUAGUUAUCAGGACAGCAUCCUAUAAGGAUUACAGGUGGCCAAACUGUAUACAAUAUUAAGUGUUUAGAAGACAGCAAAAGUCAAUCCUCUUUCUCUUAAGCUCUGUCACUUGGGUGUAGAAUUAGAAGGCUAUGGAAAUGCUUUGAGUGAUUAGCAUUCUUCAGGCUUUUGAAUUUCUACAAUGUGGAAAGUAUGGCCAAGCGUGUAACUGACAAAAAAAUCAAAAAGCACAGUGACCCCCUCCCCUCCCACACACACACACACACUUCCUUUGGCUAUGAUAUUUAAUUCAGCCUCUGCAUAAGCCUGUCCCUUCCCUCCAGCCUACCUCCCAGAUAUGCUCUGCGCUCAGUGUGUAUUAAAUUUUUAAUCGAGGAUGACAGUGCUGAUCUCACCAGCUUUUUUCUGUAAAUCUGACAGAAUGUCCUCUGUGGCUGACUGACUCACAGUGAUGCUGACUAUACGGACUACAGUGGAAACAUUUGCUGUCCAUGUCUGGCUGAAAAUGGAGGUCAUGUCAGGUUGGCACAGUAGAUGUGCUGUGCAGAGGCAGGUGAUUGGCUGCAAGAUGACGGAGGUGGAGCUGAUGCUGGACUUUGCCUCAUCUGGCCGCUCCGGGCGUCGCAACGCCCUCCCUGACAUCCUGGGCUCCCCAGCAGGAGUCAACCCGACAGACCUGCCACUCAAACUAGCCCAACUGUCUGUCACCGAUGGACCAGGCGGGGCUCAGUCUCCCAGCUCAGAGGAGCCCCCCACCCCCACCGACAGCAGCACAGGUCAGGAGGGGUCAUAGAACUCUCACCCUUCAAUGCCAUGGCGAUAUGUGAGCGCUGCGAGAGACACAGGGGAGACGAGAAGAGACGUGGGGGAGACUGACUAACGUCGGCGCUCUGUCUAGAUAGCCCUGUGUAUUGUGUGCAAGUGUGUGUGUUGCCUCUCAGCCUGUGAGCACUGGGUCAGCAUGAGGAGUGGACAGGAGGGGAGGACAGUGACCAGGGAGAAGAGGAAAGCUGCUUUCAGUCCAAAGAUGAGAACUUUCUCUCACAGAACCAACAAGUGAUGACAAGACUAAAGAGAAUUUGGUAAACUUUUAUGGUUUUUAUUUUAAAAACAGGGAUACACCAAAAUGUGAGAGACUUGCGAAUAGCCGGUUUAAUCAUUUGUAAUUGACUUACUUGUUUGUAAGUUACUUUUGUUGAAAAGCAGUCUGACUUUUGGAUUUUUGGACUGGGAGAUUUCCUUAGCAUGGUUACAAUACCUGUUACGGAUUUCUUGGACUGGGAGACUAUUUGUAGGAGUCUAUGACUGAUCCAGGUUGUUUUCAGAAAGAAAAUACUUUGAAUAUGCAGAUUUAAGGACAUAUCAGGACAGAAGGAUGAUAAUGGGGUUGAAUGUUGUAAAGGGCUGUUUGGGUAUUUGGGAUUAGUAUGUACAGUAUGAAGAGAAAGUGUGACUAUACUGUAUGUGGGUGUGUGUGUGUGUGUGUGUAUUGUGUGUGCAUGUGUUUUGUGUGCGUGUGUGUUUGAAUGUGAACUUUUCUUUAGGAGAUAAAUGUAGCAUCAUCUCUAUCAGCGAGAGCAAUGCAGUUAAAUAUAAAUGUAUUUUUAAACUCAAAAACACCCCAAGAUUUAUCUUGACAGACCUGGUUGAAUACAAUGAUCACGGGGGCUCUUCUGGCUUUCUACUCCAAGGUCACCAAAGUGAUGUCUUCAACAUGAUCAUGUCAUCUUUUGUCAAAUCCCAGAAGCACAAUGUACUUGAAGCAAAUUGGUGUGGAGAUGUGUCACUGUGUAUUUGUGUUAUACAAAUUGUGUGUGUGUGUGUGUGUUUUAAGCCAUCCAUUGCACCUAACAUCCUUAAGGAAAUGUUAAUUUUCUCUGUGAUGUGAACAGAUGAGCAUUAAUUUUUUUAUACAUGUAACACUAUACCAUAGUACCACAUUUAUGUACAGCUCUGGAAAGAAUUAAGAGACCACUGCACAUUCUUCUGAUGUCAUCCUACGGCUGCUGAACAAUAUUUGAAUGAGCUGACGGUCAUAUUCAAAAUUAAGGGACCUCUGCAAAUCAUUCAACUCAUUUGAAUGAUGUCACUCAGCAAACGUACAAUGACAUUUUUUUUCCAGAGCUGUACAUAAGCAGCUGGUCUCACAGAUGUGUCAGACAUGCAGGAGACAGUGUUGUGUCCUAAGGUUAAGACCGCUGUAUAUCGUGGUGGCAUUGUCCUCAAACAACCCAGAUAUUCUGAAGAUUGUGUUUGCUCUGUCUGUUAUUUGCACACUAACACAACUUGUUUUUGCUGAUGAUGGCUUACACAUAUUGUGGAACUACAGAAGGGAAAAACAAUAAACAAUUUAAAAGAUAUCUGCAGAUGGAUUUGUAGGAUCUGCUACGCAUAUACAGUAUUUCCCCCCUUGUCCCGACAUAACAGAAGUUAUAAUGGAAGUCCUGUGAAUUUUUCAGUAGUGUUUAAUCAAAUGAUGGUAUACAAAUAUAAACCUUUAGUGGUGUGCCAAAGUGACAUGCUGCUGCUUCAGUGUUCUGUUCAACAGGAACAGUGUACCUUGUCACUGAGACAUCAAUAAAGAAAUCCAAAUCAAGAGAGACA